GAGUAUGCUGUACCUACAAGUAUCACAAAAUAUCAGAGGAAAUGGUAAACUUUCCCCUUUGUGAGAAUCCAGCAGUUGACUCUGAUUGGACAAGGGAAAAAAUUGGGCUACUUUUCAUUCCUUUUGAGCAGGUUUUAAGCUGUCAUUGGGCUGGAAAUUUUUCUUGGACCUGGCAACCCCGGCUUCAACAAUUGUUUCACUUUCAUUUAACACCAGCCGGAAAGACAGAUUCGUGUUUUGACGCACAAAAAUCAAGCUAUUUUGACAAAUGUAUAGUUUUUUUUUCAUAGUUCUUUUUUUAUAGUUCUUUUUUUUCAUAGUUCAAGGAACUGUGACAAAGGCUUGCUUACAAAUAAUGUGAGCUGGCAGAAGAAUAUACAGAUCCACCACUGCUGUACAUGGCAACAAUGCAUUUUUGUUUGGUUUAUGUCUUGUAAAAUAAUGUUAAUGUUCAGCAGCAGUAACAACAUUUAGAAACUAUAGCAAAGAUUAAAAAAUAAAAAUAAAAAUGUCAGAAAACAGGACAAUGGAAGACUCUACCUCUGGAUCCAAUACAAGACUCUCUGAAAUAAGAAUAUUAAUGAUUGGGGGUCGAGAGUUGGGGGCAAAAGAAGCAAGUGGAAAAAGUUCAGCAGGAAACAUCAUUUUGGGGAGAAAUGCUUUUGAUAUUAGUAGAAGAACAGCACGAUCUGUUCAAGCUACAGGAGACGUGGACGGAAGACAUCUGAUUGUUGUUGACACACCAGGCUGGUGGUGGCAUUAUACUAUUCAAAAUACUCCACAGUUUGAUAGACUGGAAAUUAUAAAAAGUCCAACACUAUGUCUUCCUGGACCUCAUGCCAUCCUUCUGGUCAUACCUGUAUAUUUAGCAUUUCCAAGUAUCUACAGAAUGACUCUGGAACAACAAAUAAAGUUUUUGUCUAAUGAGGUCUGGAAACACAUUAUUGUGUUGUUCACUUCUACCGAGCCAUGUGAUGAGAGCUCUUUGAAAAACAAGGUCAGAAAAUGGCCAGAUCUCGAACAGCUAUUAGGGAGGUGUCACAACAGAUACCACAUUCUUAAUAUUAACAACCAGAGUGACAGCACUCAAGUGAUCGCACUGCUGGAAAAGAUUGAGAAAUUGGCAGCACAAAACAAGGGCCAAUGUCUUAAAAUCAGCCAAAGCAUAUCUGCAUGGAUUCAGAAGGAAAAAACAACAAAUAAAAGAGACAAACAAAGAAUACUCACGGAAGGAAAACAAACGACUGAACUUAAAGCUGACAGCAGAGAUGGGGCACAACAUCUGACUGAUAUAAGGAUUGUGAUAGUUGGAGCUUCUUGGGCUGCGAGAAGCUCUGCAGGCAACGUCAUUCUGGGGGAAGAAGCUUUUGAAGUUGACGAUUCAAGAACAACAGUGCGCUGUGCAGUUGGUCAUGCUAAAGUACAUGGCAGACAGCUAACAGUGGUCGACACUCCAGGCUGGUACUAUAACAGUCUUCUUGAAAACACAUCAGAGAUGGACAAACUGGAGAUCAGAUGUAGUGUGUAUUUAUGCCCUUCUGGACCACAUGCUAUUUUGUUAACUGUUCCCAUUGCCACAGCUUUUGACAAGUCUUAUCAAACUGCUGUGGAGGGACAUAUGAGACUUUUGGGGGAAAAUGUCUGGAAUCAUACAAUUGUGCUGUUCACUCGAGGAGACUGGCUUGGCGAUACAACCAUUGAGGAACGUAUUGAGACAGAAGAAGGACGCCUUGAGUGGCUGAUGGAAAAAUGUGGAUACAGAUAUCAUGUUUUAAAUUGUAAAUGGCACAAUAACAACACACAAGUAGUGGAACUCCUUGAAAAGAUUGAAAAAAUGGUGACGGAGAACAAUGGCUGUUAUUAUGUUCCAGAAAUAAAUGAUCCAAUCACUGAGCUUGAAAAGAAGAGAAAAACUGCAAGUACUAACAAGAUGAACGUGAGCAAGCAAAGACAUAUCCUUAAAGAGUUGCUUAAAGACCGAAAAUACAAUCUCUCAAAUGUGAGGAUCGUGCUUCUUGGAGCAGAGGGAGUCGGGAAGAGCACGUCAGGAAACACCAUUCUGCAAGGAUAUUUUUUUGAGCCCACACUGGGAGAGGGUCAUGAAAUCCAUACAAGGCAAUGUAUAACAAAACAGAGGAAAGUUGAGGGACAUCAUGUCUCAGUGGUGGACACACCUGGCUGGUCCACAUCAAUUUUGGAAAAUGAAAAAGAAAUUUUAUGCAGUCUGGAAGUUUGUUCUCCAGGACCUCAUGCAUUCCUGCUAGUGUUGCCUGUACGCAAGCCUUUUACAAAGAAAUGUCAGCAAACAGUGGAGGAGCUCAUGAGCCUUUUUAGAGAGAAUGUCUGGAGACAUACAAUAAUAUUAUUCACUGAGGCACACUGGCUGAAGAAUAAACCAGUUGAGGAGUAUAUUGCAUGCGAAGGAGAAGCUUUGCAAGAGUUGAUAAGUAAGUGUGGAAACAGAUAUCAUGUGAUAGACAAUGACUGGGAUAACAGAUCUCAAGUCAGAGUUUUGUUAAAGAUGAUUGAACAAAUGGUGGCAAGAAAUAGAGGUGAAUACUUCACUCUUGAAAAAAAGGCAAGCAAGCCAGGAGUCCUCAGGUGGCUCAGUGGGUCAAAGACACUAACUGAAGAGGAGUGGAUGAAACGUGAGGAUGAACUUAUUGACAGGGUGUUGAAAACACUAGUGGCGGAUCCAGAUGAAAACCCCAAGCAGUCAUCUCAUGAACUAAAAGGAAGUUUUGAUGGCUCAAUCCCAAAUAUGAGUGGAGAUUCUGGAUUUUCUGACGUAAACAGUGUAUUUGGAGUUGAUGUUCUCAACUCUACUGUUAAAGUAAGUAAUUGGCUUGGGCGUCCAGGAAAUGAUGCAACAUCAUCAGGGUAUGACACCAUGAGCAUUGCAUCCAGUACUCAGUAUCAGAAGAUGGAAGAUGUCAAGGUUGAUAUUCCAGGGUCCAGACAACCAGUGGGCAAUCUGAAACCUGCUCGUGAUACGAGUGCAAAAAAGCAUUCAAGAUCAAGAUCAAUAUAAAGCAACUGUUCUGUGCAUUGUGGGACAAGAUGAAACAAUCAAAAUAUUAACAGAUCAGGUAACAUGCAUUUCUGCUAGUACCUGUACUUGAGCGUUUCAAAAAGAAAACUCAACAGACAGUUAAGAAGCUCAUGAGCCUUUUUGGUUUAUAUGGCAGAUGUCAGAAAUUGUAUUCCAGUGUCCAUACACAGACCAUGAUACACCAACACAUGACAUAUACACUUAAACAAACAUCAGAAACACAAGUAAAAACAAUGUAUAAACCUUAAAAAGUACUUGCAAUUAAAUAUUUAAUAAAGAUGUAUACCCAGGUUUAAUCUCGAUGAAUGCACACACUCAUGAAAUGUGUAGCUUGAAUGUGAAUUCAUUUUGGAUAAAAGUGCAAAAUGCAUAAAUGUAAGCUUGCAAAAUAGUGUUCCACUGUACCACCCGUGGUACAAAUACCACUCAAAAAUGGAUUUCAGGAACAUUAAGUAAUGACAUAACUAUAUAAAAUAAAUACAUAUAGCAGCAUUUCUUACAUAGGGUUUGUUAAUUCAACAAUAUAUUCAAUAUACAACAAAUGUAAGAUCAUUGAAAACUGUAAAGUGUGAUUUUAAGACCAUUAA